CCCUCUUCUCUCCUCUCUUCCUCACUCUCUCUUUCUCUCCCAAACCAGAAGAAGCUCUAGACCUUCUUAGAAAUAAAACCAUUGACAUGCUGUUAGGGAAGCGUCCCCGCCCACCGAUUCGGAGAACGACAAGCAUGACCGGGAUUACCGUCGAUCUGAGCAACGUGGAAGACCAGGUGCCGACUGAAAGUGAAAACCCUAGCAUGAUGAUGGAUGUGCAUGCACCAUCUAUGGUGGUGGGACAGGAAGGACCGUUCAAUUAUAUACAUAGCCCUAACAGCUUAGGGUAUCAUGAACAGCACCGUUUCUUGGCCAUGUUGUCACCCAGAACCAACAGCAGCAACCACCGGAGAAACUCGGCCUCCAACAUAGUCGAAACCGCUCGCUUCCUACGAACGUGUGGCCUCUGCAACCAGAGCUUGGCUUCCGGCCGUGACCUCUAUAUGUAUAGGGGGGACACGGCGUUUUGCAGCCUAGAAUGCAGAGAGCAGCAGAUGAAGCAAGACGAGAGAGUAGAGAAGUGCAAGGGGUUGGCUUCGAAGAAAGAGGACCGCCAUGCAACUCGAUCGAGCUCCAAGGCCUCUAGUAAAACUCAAACUGUGGCCGCAGCUUAAUUAAUCAAAUCCAAAUAGAAAAACUGCAGGGAGCAAAAUAGUCGAUCGUAUUAUGUAUUAGGUAUUGCACUACUUUUGCAAAACCCCCCAUUUUCUCCAAGAUGAAUGAAUUGCCCGGCCGGCCGAUCCCUUUUACGUUA